GCAGGCGGCGGGGCGGGCGCAGGAUGAGGGCGGCCAUUGCUGGGGCUCCGCCGCGGGGAGGAGGACGCUGAGGAGGCGCCGAGCAGCGCAACGCUGCGGGGGAGGCGCCCGCGCCGACUUGGGGCUCAUGGCCAGGACCACCAGCCAGCUGUAUGACGCUGUGCCCAUUCAGUCCAGUGUGGUGCUGUGCUCCUGCCCAUCCCCAUCAAUGGUGAGGUCCCAGACUGAGCCCAGCUCGUCCCCUGGCAUUCCUAGUGGUGUUAGCAGGCAGGGAUCCACCAUGGACAGCACCACAGCUGAAGCCCGACCAAGUACCAACCCUUUGCAGCAGCACCCUGCCCAGCUGCCACCACAGCCUCGCAAGAAACGCCCUGAAGACUUCAAGUUUGGGAAAAUUCUUGGCGAGGGCUCUUUUUCAACAGUUGUUCUGGCCCGGGAACUGGCCACUUCCAGAGAAUAUGCUAUUAAAAUUCUGGAGAAACGUCAUAUUAUAAAAGAAAACAAAGUCCCGUACGUAACUAGAGAGAGAGAUGUGAUGUCACGCCUGGAUCACCCCUUCUUUGUGAAACUUUACUUUACAUUUCAGGACGACGAAAAGCUGUAUUUUGGCCUUAGUUAUGCCAAAAAUGGAGAGCUACUUAAAUACAUCCGCAAAAUUGGUUCAUUUGAUGAGACCUGUACCCGGUUUUACACGGCUGAGAUUGUGUCUGCUUUAGAGUACUUGCAUGGCAAGGGCAUCAUUCACAGAGACCUUAAACCAGAAAACAUUUUGUUAAAUGAAGACAUGCACAUCCAAAUCACAGAUUUUGGAACAGCAAAAGUGUUAUCCCCAGAGAGCAAACAAGCCAGGGCCAACUCAUUUGUAGGAACAGCACAAUAUGUUUCUCCAGAACUGCUCACAGAGAAGUCGGCGUGUAAAAGUUCAGACCUUUGGGCCCUUGGAUGUAUAAUCUAUCAACUUGUGGCAGGACUCCCCCCAUUCAGAGCCGGAAAUGAAUAUCUUAUAUUUCAGAAGAUCAUUAAGCUGGAAUAUGAUUUCCCAGAAAAAUUCUUCCCUAAGGCAAGAGAUCUUGUGGAAAAACUCUUGGUUUUAGAUGCCACAAAACGUUUAGGCUGUGAAGAGAUGGAAGGGUACGGGCCUCUCAAAGCUCAUCCAUUCUUUGAGUCCAUCACAUGGGAGAAUUUGCAUCAGCAGACACCUCCGAAGCUCACAGCUUACUUACCAGCCAUGUCAGAGGAUGAUGAAGACUGCUAUGGCAACUACGACAAUCUCCUGAGCCAGUUUGGCUGCAUGCAGGUGUCAUCCUCCUCCUCUUCCCACUCCCUGUCUGCGGUGGAUGCCAGCCUGCCCCAGAGGUCGGGCAGCAACAUAGAGCAGUACAUCCAUGAUUUGGACACUAACUCUUUCGAACUAGACUUACAGUUUUCAGAAGAUGAAAAAAGGUUGUUAUUGGAAAAGCAAGCCGGUGGAAACCCUUGGCACCAGUUUGUAGAAAAUAAUCUAAUAUUAAAAAUGGGCCCAGUGGAUAAGCGAAAGGGUUUAUUUGCAAGACGACGACAGUUAUUACUCACAGAAGGGCCACAUUUAUAUUAUGUUGAUCCUGUCAACAAGGUCCUGAAAGGUGAAAUUCCAUGGUCACAAGAACUCCGACCAGAAGCCAAGAAUUUUAAAACUUUCUUUGUCCACACGCCUAACAGGACGUAUUACCUGAUGGAUCCAAGCGGGAAUGCUCACAAGUGGUGCAGAAAGAUCCAGGAGGUUUGGAGGCAGCAGUACCAGAGCAAUCCAGAUGCUGCUGUGCAGUGACGUGGCCUGCGGCCGGGCUGCCUAUCGCUGCCAGGAUACCUGCCCCAGCGCGGCUCGGCCGCCACCCAGGACGCUUCCAGACCACCUGCCAGCCAUCUCGAGGAGAAUAUAGAUGGCAGAAACCUUGCAGCUUUUUUAUUUAAAAGAAAAGAAGAAAAAAAAGAACCCAACCACACAAAGAACAAAACAAAUAGCCAACAAACAGGAAUUCAGGGUUGCUUUGCUUGCUCUCUGUGCUCUGUGGUGGCUUCCAUGCACUGCUGUGGCCAUGGAGACCCAGCUCCUUGCACGGUAGCCCAGCUUCUGCCCAGACCAGUGGCCAGAUUGGCAUCCCCAGCCCUCCGAGCAUCCACAGGAACCGCAUGCCUGCCUCUGCCCUUCCCCCUGAUACACAUAGCUCCUGCAGUGACUGGGGCUGGGUCUAUCUGGCCUACCCCAGUUGUUGCAGAAUCCUUCGCCAGGAGCCUCUUCCCUCCUGCCUGCUGGGGUAGCUUUACACACCAGCUCACUGUGGGUACAGGGCUCUUAGCUUGUAUGUGUUCUCCCUUCCUUGAAUCCCUUGUAUGGCCCUAGAAAUUGGGUCAGGUGUGUUUCUGGUGACAUGAUUUCUGUGGUUCCUGCCUUACAAUAGGCAGGUUGUAAGGUGAGAAGAAUGAAGGCUGUUGGAGUUACAGGUGCCCUUACUGGGCUCUGCUCUAGUGUGCCACUUCUUAGAAGUUUAUCCAGUGAACUAGAUACCAAGCCAAGAACCGUGUCCAGAAGGGUUGCUGUCAUAUCAGCACCUAGGUAACAUCAACUAGAUUAUUAUUAGAUAUAGAACCCUGUCCUGAACCUGGACAAGGCUGGAAGUACUAUGGAGAGUCCAGCCUGGCCACUGCUUCCAUGGAGAGAAGUGGGACAGCAGGCCCUCUUGGGAGUCUCUGCACAGGGUUAAGUGUAUAGACCGCAUGCCCUAUGAGGCGGGCACUGAGAAAACCCUAGGGUGUGUCCCGAUAUCCCUCCCAGCCUCACUUCUCAGCUAGUUCUUUUUUACAACUCUGUUGAAAAUCUAAAAGCCUUCUCAUGUUGCUUGGUCACCUACUCCCAUCAAGUGUGGGCCUUGCCUGGAAAGAAUGUUAUCACUGUCUUACUCACAAGAACAGCCCACUUAAUCUGAGCCUGCCUGUGCUGGCAUUCUUUGCCAGUAUUAGGACACUUCUUUGAUGCUGAGUUGACAGUGCUCUGUUCUAUAUAAUACAGAUGGCUAGGGAUAGUUUGGCAUUUCUUGCAGAAUGCUUCUGAGGGACUUGGUUAUACCUGUCUUUGACUAGGAUGUCCCUGAAAGUUGGCCCUUGGUAUCUAGUGGAGAAAAAAGUAGCUAUCUCCCUUCAUAGUCUGCUCACAGCAACACCUCAGACUCCCAUGUCCAAAAGGCAGCAACAAUUUUGCCGUUUCUAUUGACUUUCACAAAGGCACCCCCAAAUACCCACCACAGAGGUUACCCUGUUCUGUCUACAGUGACCAUCUGUGGGCCAGGGCAUCUAAACUGAGGGGGAAAGAUUCUAUUUUAAACUUUUAACAAUAAGAGUGAUCUUUUAACUGGGUGGAGUGUAGAUGAAAGCCAGACAUCAUGCUGUGGCGGCGGUGCUGGAUGGGAGCAGAGAUUGUGUUUAGACUCAGCCACAUUGUGUGAUAAGAGUUUCAGGUAACCAAGGAGCAGGACCUCACUUGCCAGUAGAACCCAGGGGACAGGUAUGGCCUAGUAUGCUGUCAACCUGAGAGGAAAAGUGGGCACUCUUUUCUCUUGGCUUUUGAAGAGCCUGUGUUAAGUACACUUGGCUAUUUCCUCCUCAGAGUCCUGUUCUUGUCCACAUCUUGUGGCUGUUUAGCCCUCACAGUGCUCUGUAUCUUAUGUUUGCACAUGUAAGAGUGACUUCCUGCCUCUCAUGUGCAUGUAGACACAGGGAAAGCAUCUCUGAGGGCAUUUAACUACAGGGGGCCAGGGGACUGAGGCUUGGCUUGAAUUAGACCACUUGGCUGGCUGCAUAUGGGAGAGUCCUUUGUUGCUUCCUUCCCUGGAGAGCAACACUACCUCCUGGGCUUUACCAAGCAUCACCCUAACCUCUGAAAUCAGGGUUCAGCUGAGCUGGUAGUGGGUGGCCACCAUGAGUGCCCAAGCUACAACAGUCAAGCUCUUCCUCCCAGGUCACCUUUGUCCUUACUGCCCUCUUUUCCUUUAUUAUUAUUAUUAUUUUCUUUAAUGCACCAGGUACAUUCUUUUCUUACCCUGGCUUAAAUCACCUUCAUUUUUUCCAGUUGUCCUUAGAGCCAUCACCCUGUGUGCAGGUGCCUUACUUUGUAGGACAGGAUGUGGGUGUCAGUUUAUACAACUGUGUGUGAGAGCAUGUGUGUGUGUGUACAAGCGUGUGUGUGUGCGAGCGUGUGUAUGUGUGUGUGUGGUGUGUGUGUGUGUGUGCACGAGUGCGCGCACAUGAGCACAUGUAUGUAAAACAGUAAAUGCAGGAUAUAUGUAAGGAGAGAAAGAAAUGCCCUCUUAGUACCUCUAGAAAUCAUGUGUCCGAAAGAAUGGCAAGGAUGGAAAGAAAGUUGAAGACUUUUCUCUGGCUUUUCUCCUACUUAGGUACAGUGGACUGUACUGCACAGCCCACUGAGCCCUGGCUUCUCUUGGCAUCACAGCUGAAACUUAGCUUGACUGGGUCAUUUCCACCAGUUUUUCUGUGCUCCAGCUGGGCAGUGGGCUCCCCAUGUAGAGCUGAGUCUGUCCACUCCAGGGAGUGGCACCAUGGUUCAGCUGUCAUUCUGAGCUAAAACCUGGUAGAUGCAGUAAAAACCACUUUGAGAGAGAUGGCUUGUGUUAGGCUGAAACUGAUAGAAACUUUACCUGCUGCAGCCCUCUUAGGGCCACCCUAGUGUUUGUGAUUCAUGCUUGAAGUAACCUUGCAGACAGUUGUGUGGCACAUCUUAGACUCCCAGUACCAGCAAGGGGGCCGUAGGUAAUUGUGUGCUUUCUUUAAAGGAGUGUAUGUUUUCUGAAAGCAAAAGAAUAAAGGAAGGCCCAUCAUUCAGAGACCACUGUGAACAUUUUGACGUAGCUCCUGUUCUCCCUAACUCUUUUUUGUUCCAGUGCUGGGAGUUGAAUUGUAAGGUUCAGGAGUGCUGAGCAAGUGCUCUCCACCGAUGUGCAUCCUUAGUCCUUGUUAGCUUUUAUUCCAAACUGGGAACACAUACAACACUCAUUUACAUCCAGCUUUUUCACUUGACAUUUUCUCUUGAGCAUUUCUCCAAGCCAUGGCUGUGAGUAGUUCUUCAAAAGCAUGUUUUUGAUAAUUGUGGAAUCAAAUGGUUGUAAAUUUAUGAGUUACCCGAUUGCUUCCCUGUUGUAAAACAUUCAGAUGGUUUUUGGUUUCCUUUGUGUUUUGUUUUUGUUUUUGCUAUUUAAAUAAUGCUGUGGUGAAUAUACUUAUAAGCCUUUGAUUUUUAUUCUGAUUUUACCCCUUCCUCUUGUACCUGAAGUGGUAUUUUUGGGUAUUCCUUCUCCUUGGUCUGAUAUUUAGAUGCUCUAAGUUCUAGUUACAAACCUGCUUUCCUUGUGUCUUACAGAUUUUGAACACAUCAGUUCUUGCUAAGCUGUGUGUUCCCAAGAAAGUUUGACUAUGACUGCUUUUGUUUUUAAUGCUAAAAUGUUAUUACUGCAGAUUCCUUUGUGGCAGAUUUUUUCCCAAGAGCCAGUCUUUUCAUUUUCAUUGCAAGAAUCUGCUCCUGCAUGUUACUUCUUUUCCAUCUUUGCUGCUAAGGCUUCCAAGUGCUUGGUGAUGUUUUCAGAAUCUUGUACUUUGUGUCCACGAUGGUACUGAAUCUGCUUCUACACAGUCAGCAGAGAUAAAGUGUUGAACUGACCUUGCUACAUGCCUAAUGGAUAAUUCAUAAUUAAGUUUAUAGACUCAGAAAUGCAUUUGGGCCAUUUGGGAAUCAGUAGCAAAGCAGAAUAACAAAGCUCUUCUUGGAAAAGAAACCAUACAGAUGAUUGGGUUUUACCAAAAGUCCAGUGGUGAGUGUUGUUGCUCCACACCUCAGGUCUCGUUCAGGACAGCACAGUGGCCAGGCUUUUUCAGUGCCAAGGAUGGUUAUCCCAGCCGAUGCUCAUGUAAACCUCCUUGUGUGCUGCAGCGCUGCAGGUAACUGUAGUGCCCACACAAAUUGGAUAGUAUCUUUAUCUGUGUUGGGUGGGGCCUGCUGGUUUAAUUUGGAAGCAUGCAGCAGAGAUUUCCUGGGCACCAUACUCAGUGUUGCUUGAUGGUCAGAGCUUAGGGCUGGAGAUGUGCAGAAAUCCAUUUCCUGCCCUCCUCUGCUUCAAGGCUUCUCCCCACUGUUCCAUAGACCCAGGGUGUUCAUAGCUGAGACUUGGGAGGCCACAGCAACUCUUGAGUAUGGUGAAGGUGCUUUCAAACAUUUUUCCAUUUGUUGUAAUGCAAAACCCAACAUAAACUGAUGGCUAACCCAGUGGGUGUAGCACCUCUUGGGUAGAAUGUAUGACAAGGGCCCUAACAGAUGCAGCAGUGCUGGGACCACUCAGAAUUUCUGAAGAUAACUGGCUUCUGGCCUAACACUUCACGGUUAUGUCAGAAUGUGGAAAAGUGGCCUACGAAGGAAGCUGUUUUCUGUCAAAAGCACUUUUGCAGCGGUAAGCAAAUGAAUUAACCAAUAUGAAUACCUGAAAAUUCCCUGUAACUCAUUUCUUCCAUAUGAAGAAUCCAAACUGUACAGAAGUUUUUUUACAAUUGGCAAAAUUUCCCCUCCCCAUGUAGUCCAUCCUAGUUUAAUCAUCUGGGUUAAUGACUACAAGGGGGUCAUUGUGCAGGUUAAAGCUUCCAUUAUGACCAUAGUGUGAUUGGACAUGUGCAAAUUAAAAACUGUUACAGUAUUUAGAGCUGCUGCGACUGUCCAUUAGCCACGUACAGUAAGAUGAAUCAAUAGUCUAUUGCUGUCAUUCAGGUUGGUGGCAGUCAGUUAGAACAUGUGUAAUAUUCUCUACCUGGUCUGUAGCUGUAACUGUGAUGUACAGGCAAAGGAAAAUUAAAAAUACUUAUGAAAACAGAUAAUGCAAUGAUACUAGGAUAUACACUUUUGUAUUUUUAUUCUUAUAUAAGGUUAUUUGCUGGCUAUUGUCGGCCUCUAGUUCAGUCUGUGUUAUUUAAAUUCUAAUAUAUGAAUUAUUUGGAUUGAAUUCAUGUUUGGGGCCACGUUGUUGUAUGUAUUGAUGUACAGCCUUGAAUGUGAAUAAUUAUUGUAAACUAUAUUUUACAACCUUUUUCCUGGCUUUAUUAUAUAAAUUUUCUAUUUGGUCAUGGUUUAAUCAUAUAAUUUAAUGAAACAGUUUUUCUUUUUUUUUUUUCAAAUAUCUGUGCUUUAGAUGUAAUUACCAGAUGAUGGAUUUCCCUCGUAUGCUCGGUAGUCUUGUAAUAAAAGCAUGUAGAGUGUA